AUGAACAAACAACGCACUCAGAAGCCUUCUACGAAAAGCUGGCCGCCACAGCCGCCAAAUCAGGUAAACGAGCAAUGUGCGAAUGAAAUUUAAACAUCCAAUUUCAGCACUUCGCGCCACAGUAUCAGUUCCAGCCUCAGCCAGCAUGGUCGGGCCCAAAUCCGCAAGGGCAAAUGUGGAAUGGUCCGCCUCCUCCAGGCCAGACGUGGACGGAGCAGGGUCCGCAAUAUCAGGAAUGGACGAGCCCGCCACAGGAACCAUGGAUGGAGGAACAGACCUGGCAAGUGCCGUACAUGCAGCAGCAGCAUCCGGUGCAGAUGCAGAUGCAGCAAACUCAACAUCCACAUGAAUACAACCAGCCGGUUCCACAGCAUCAGUACAAUGUUCCGCCGCCUCAACAUGUGAUGCAUCCACAAUUCUACAACCAGCCGAUUUCCAAUCAGACGCACCAGGUCACCGGAGGACAAAAAGUUGCACAGCAGCCACCUCAAAAGCUAUGGAUUCCGCCAAACCAUCAAAUGAAUCCUCAACAUCAGUGGAUGCAGUCCGCUCCGAUGGCUGCUCCGAUGGCUGCUCCGAUGGCUGCUCCGAUGGCUGCUCCGAUGGCUGCUCCGAUGGCUGCUCCGAUGGCUGCUCCGAUGACCGCUCCGAUGGCCACUCCUAUGAUCUGUCCGAUGACUGCUCCGAUGGCUGCUCCGAUGACCGCUCCGAUGACCGCUCCGAUGGCCACACCGAUGACCGCACCGAUGGCUGCCUCGUACGGUGCUCCAAUGGCUGCUCCUAUGACCGCUCCGAUGGUCGCUCCAAUGAUCGCUCCAAUUGCAGUUUCAAAUGUCGCUCCGAUGAAACCUUUGAAUGCUGCUCCAAUGAAAGCUCCAGAAGCAGUUCCGAAAAUUCCGCUGCCACCAGCGGAACCCAACUCCUGUGACAAAGUCCAGGUAUUCAAAAAUUAUCAAUCAAUGAAAGUAGCUCAUCAUCUCAUUUCAGCCUCCCGCUGUUGUCGCGAACGCAUCUCAUGAGAAAGACGGCAUGACUCCCGACAGCGGAAUAAACGAGGAAGGUCGCAGGUAUCAUUGUGGAUAGUUGUACAACUGAACUAGUGCAUUUUUACAGUGAGAAUGAAGAGAAAGUAGAUGUCACUUCAAACGACGGAACGAUCCGCGUGAGCAAGAAAUGUCUUAUGGAGAAAAUCGGUUGUCUCACAAUUGAAAAGGAUGAAGCGAAUUCACGUGUGCAAGUAAAGGAAGCUGAAAUCGAGACACUGAAACUGGCGAUGGAAGAGAUGAGAGUUGAAGGCAAGAAGCUGUUCAAGGAGGCGGCGGAAAAAGAUGUUGAGAAUAUCAAGGCAACGGCAGAGACAGAAGCCGAUAAACUGAAGCAAGAUGCUAGGGGAGAAGCCCAGAGAAUGAAGGAAGAAGCUAUGUCAGAUGCCCACAGUGCUGAGGAAACGGCCAUGUCAAAAGCCAAGAAAAUUAUCGAAGAGGCUAAGUCGGCAGCCCGUAAAGAGAUUGAAGAGGCCAAGUUGUCAAGUCAGCGAACCUUGGAUAAGGCCGCGUUGGAAGCCGAGAGAUUGGUGAAAGCGGCGAAAUUGGUAGCGCAACAAAUCAAGGAAGCAGCGGAAGCCGAUGUCAAGCGGAUGAGAGAUGCUGCCGAGAAAGAAGCUGAAAAGCUGAAGGAGGAGGCGCAACGCAUCAGAGAUUCGGAAGCCGACAAGAAGCGCCAGAGAGAGGCGAGGGAGGAGCAAGCGCGUCUGAAACAAGAGGAGAAGCGCAGAAAACAAGAAGAAGCCAAACGACUCGCCGAGGAGAAGGAACGAGCCGAUCAGCAGCGCGCGGAAGAGCGAAGAAUCAGAAGAGAAGAAGAGAAGAAAAAGAAAGAAGAGGAAGAGAGGUCUCGCAAGGAAAAAGAGAUCAGAAUGCAGAAGGAAAGAGCCCAAGAGGAGAAGGAGAGAAAGAAGCUGAAGGCGAUGCAACAGAACGAGGCAAAAGCGUCCCGUAAGCUCAUCGCCAAGAAGGCGAAACAACUCGAAGAAGAACUGCUGGAAAGGGAGUUCCAAAAAGCGCAAGUGUACAAUGCCGAUAUCUUCAUGGGACGUCGCCCAGAAUGCGAGCGGAAUCCGACUCCACCACUCAAGAAGGACGAUAAUCAGAAGAAAAUCGAGGCGAUAAUCGAGAAUCGAUCUUUCUCGGAGUAUCCGCCGAGAGUCCAGGCCAGUCCAGGCACAAGCGCCUCUCACACUUCGCAACCCGCAACAUCGACCAUCGGCACGGAUCCAAUGCCGGAAAGGGUGAGAAAAGUGGGAUAGUUUUUCUGCAGUACCUAUUUUUUGUAAUUCUCCAACGACCUAAAGAAAUUUUGUUUCAAAUUUUGUUGGAAUCCUAUGAGUCUGCCUGAAACACUAAAAAAUUUUAUCCAAUUUCUUUUUCAGCACUCCUACUAG